GAAAAGGGAAGGGGCGACCUAACAGCAGCUUCCCUUUUUCAAGCAGGACUCAGAGCGUGGCUGAGGUGACGUUAGCGCAAUAAUCUGAGACUCCCAGCCUUCUACGGUUAAACUCGGUGACCAUUUCUGCAAUUUGCUGAGACAGGAUGCUCAAGGACUGCAGCCCAGGUGAUGACUUUGAUGAUCAGAAUCCACUCUCAUUGCAGGAAAAUCUUCAGUCUCUCUUGACAAAGAAAGAGAUGAAAGAGCUCAGGGAGGAAAUCUGGGUGGCCUUUGCAACCCUCAAAGAUCCUGCAGAGUGGCUUUUGGAUGUGCUGGAGGCCAGCAGUGACUGGAAAGGGAAAGGGCAUUCUCUGGCAUAUCACAUUGCCUAUGAACUACAGUUUUGGAUAAAGGAACAUGCCAGCAGCCAGUUGUCUGGGUUCAGGUUAAGGAAGCUCCAGGCCCGUGUGUUUCCUGUGCUUGCUCAGUGCCACGUCAGCCUGCUGGACCUGCUGAUCAGCAUCUAUCAGCUGCAUGCUGCAGAUCGCUGCGACCUUCUGGGCCGCAUCAGCUAUCUCUACCACAUGGGCAAGUUCAAAGAGGCUGUCGUUUUAAGCAUAAAAUUGAAACUGCAGCCAGACCUGGAGGUUGAGAAGAUGUGUGUUCCAUUGCUGCUUCAAGAUAAAACAAACCUCGUUGAAUCAUAUGUGCAAGAAUACCCCGAUUUGCAGCAGCAGCUCCUGCGCAUGUUGGACUCAUGGUGUGAACCAGGCUUCAGGACAGAAACUAUCACAAAGCAGUAUCGAGGCUUGCCCAAUAUAAGGCCCGAUAAAGUCAAUCGUAAGAUGUUGAGCAAAUUGGUCUUCAGGUUUCUGGACAAGUACAGCCUAGAUCCAGCCCUUUGCCCUAACGCCAUCAACCAGCGUCACCUGGGAACUCUGAAAUACCUGCUGUACAAGAGGUUUGUUGAGAAAACUAUGACGCAAGAAAACUGGACUGACCACAUUCAGUACACCAUCGGGGACAAUCAGUGGCUUCAGGAACAACUAGUCCAGCUGCUAGCCAGUUACUGCCACCUAAAUGCUGCGGCCACAUGGGCUCUUCAUUACAACCUCCCUCAGGACAGUCUGCCUUGCGAAGUGGUGGAUGAACUGAAGACACUGAAAAGUCAAGAGAGGGAUGAUGUUCUGAAGCAAAGAGUGACUGACUGUGCGGAUUGGAGGAAGGAUCAUUAUUACCAGCUCCCCAUUCCCAGGAAAGAUGUUCUUUUCCUGUCGACGUGGGAAGAAGUGCAGAAAUGCAAGAAACAUUUGCUUCAGCCUGGACAGGUUGUCGGAAUUGACAUGGAGUGGAGACCGUCAUUUGGUUUUGUGGGAGGAAAAUCACGAGUCUCAGUGGUUCAGAUGGCAGUUCCCGGCCAGGUUUUCCUCUUGGAUAUGUUGCAGCUCCUCAGGCAGGGUGGAAAGGAUGAGGCGGCUCUGUCCUCCUUCUUCCAGACCCUUUUUGCUGAUCCAACCAUCACUAAGUUAGGCUAUGGGAUGGCAGGAGACCUCCACAACCUUGCACUGGUCAGUACUUCUUUUAAAGAUGUGGACAAGCAGCUCUGUGGAUUCCUAGACCUCUUGGUGGUACAUAAAGAGCUAUCCAAAUGCUUUGGAGUGGUGAAGAAAGGCAGCCGAAAGAUGGAUGCUUUACAGCUGGAGGAUAAGGCAGCAGAGAAGGGGCUCAGCCUGCUGGCACAGCAUGUCCUCGGGAAACCCCUUGACAAAAUGGAGCAGCUGUCCAAUUGGGAAAAGAGGCCGCUCCGAGAGGAGCAGAUCCUUUAUGCAGCAUUGGAUGCUUAUUGUUUGUUGGAGAUUUAUACAAAGUUACAGAAAGAUCUAGCUGGCUUCGGCCUGAAUCCUAACAUCCUAACACCUCAGAUGAAGAAGGUAUGCAGCGAAGUCAAGGCAAAGAAACUGCCAAGCGAGCAAAGGAUUCCGUCAGCUUGCAAAGAGAAGUCUGCAGUAAGUGUAAAAGAGACCUCAAGCUCUUUGGUACCCAUCUCCAUUCGGGAUUUCUGCGUGGUCUGUGACAAUAUGCUCCAAGGCCUGGGGCGGUAUCUGCGCUGCCUUGGAGCAGACGUCUGGAUGCUUGAGAAUGAUGAUGAACACAGGAAGGCAGCAGAGCUUGCCAGACAAGAAGAUCGAGUAAUUUUAACCUCUGGGCUUCCAUAUCAGACGCUGCGUUCUCAAGUGGGAGAAGGAAGGUGUUUCUCAGUGGACUGUUCAGAUAAGGCCAAGGAACAAGCUCUCCGGGUCCUGAAGCACUUCAAUGUCCAGGUGACUUUGGCUGACAUCUUCAGUCGAUGCCAGGCUUGCAACUGCAAUCAAUACCUGAAGAUCUCCAAGGAGAAAAUGAUGCAGCUGAUGAAGCAACAAGGCUUUGUGACAGAUUCAGAAGCAGCUGCAGCAGCAGCGGAUGAAGUGAUGCAGAAAGACUUGUCUCCCUCCAUUCUGGCAUGGGAAUUCUCAGAAAAUCCCGACACUAAUUUUGAGGCUGACAGCUCCAAACUCAGCUCUCAGCAGCCUGUUUAUAGUCCGAACUGCCAGUGGCUAGAAGAGUCGAGCCUGGAUACCAAGUCAGCACUGCUGCCCAAUGGUACAGCCCUGAAGAUCGAGGCCAUUCCCAUUGGGGUGCUAUCCAAGGAGGACUUGUCUUACUUCUACUGCUGUAGCCAAUGUGGCAAGGUUUUCUGGGAAGGGUCCCACUUUGGACAUGUGGUCUCCCAGUUCAGAGAAGUGCUAGACCUCUGAGAAGACAGCCAGAGUUUCAAUGAGCAGAACAGCAGAAAAGGAUGAACUUGCAGAAUUUUACCAUGGACUGUAUUCUUAAUGAGUUCUUGGGGAGGGGGGACAGAGGGUAUUGCAGGGUUCACUUUGCUGGGAUGUAUAUGCUGUCAAAAUUUUUAACAGUGAUUUUAAAAAUGCACUAAUUCUCUUGUGUCUCAUUUGUUUCUAGUAGCAUCCUGAGAUGCUGGGAAAGUGGGCCAAAGUAACACUUUAUUUCUGAAAGAGGAGACAUAAGCCACCUGGAAGACUUUCCCACUAUUUCCAGAUGUGGAUAGUGAGUGUGGGGAGGGGGGGGACCCUGUCAAUCUGGAAAUAUUUCAACCAGAUUAUUCUUCCUGACUGGGCAUCCUGUUUGGUGUUCUAGGAAGGAUCUCCUAUGUAAAACAACCCCUUAAUCUGAGUAAUUUUGUCAAAGUACAAGAGGCGUUUACAUGUGAUGCUAGUAUACCCCUGGUUACUAAUCCAUGAAGCCCAUUGUAGCCUGCCUGGUUUGCUGGUGGAGGUUCUUCUCCAGCCCUGUUUCUUGAGCUACUUUAAAUAGAGAUUGAAUCUAGGAUGUCGUGCAUACAGAGCACAUGCUGUCAGACAUCCUCCCAUAAGAAGCUGCCUUAUACUGAAUCAGAUCACUGCUCCUUUUAGCUCAGAAUUGUCUGCUCUGACUGGCAGCAGCUACUUGGAGACUCCAUCUUCCUAUCACUACUCCUUGAGGUCCUUUAACUUUAGAUACCAGAGACGCAACCUGGGAUAUUCUGCAUGCAAAGCAUAUCCUGUUUAUUGAGCCAUGAGUCCUCCUUGGGAAGGCUUCCGUUCUGCGAGUACUCUGAACCAGAGCUGCUUAACAUAGCAGAGAUCUCCUGGCUGAGGUUGUGACCAUUCAGGGCCAGCACAGUUCCUCUGGAGGCCACACAACUCCAAAUCCAGACUUUGGCUUUCUUUCCCAAAUGUGCCUGAACGCGCACCGUGACUCAAACUUGUUCAUCCCCACGGGCAUUGUCUCUCUCCACCUCCCUCCUGCAGAGGAGCUCCCACUGUUUCUCUGGAGAUUUGGAACGAAGGUGAGAAAUGUUUCCCUUGCUUCCCCAGCCAGUGAAUUCUGGCUCUCCAGCUAGUCCCUUCUUGUGGGCCCUUGUGCAUUGCAAGGCAUGUUCGCUUAUCUUUUCUUGUGUGAGUUUUCUGGCAAGGGAUUAAUAAUAUGACCUUUCGGCAGCAACAGAGCAGCCCACGCUACCAUCCUCUCCCUCCCCAAGGCCACUGACUCUCUCUGUUUGAAAAGGAGCAAACUUUCCAUUAGAAUAUUUUAUCUUGGUUUUUUCUUCCUUUCAUGCAAUGCAAAAUGUCACCUCUGUCAAUCUUGUGGCAGGGACCAAGGGCUCCAUAGGUACCAAUGUUUGCAAACCAGAAAAGGAAAGAUGUAUGGGUCCAUUACGACAUGCAAGGCCUUGCAUUCUGUUCUGCAUCACGUUAUCCUGUGACCGUCUAUAUUGUAUUAUUUUGUCUGUGAUGCUGACUGAGGAAUUAAUUGUGGCCUUGAAAAACGACAUAUAAAUAAAUACAUGACUGAGAUUUUUAUAAAAUUUUGAAGAGGGAAACAACAGGUUUUGUCCCUCAUCCAGGGCCCACCCAUAGAAACUGAUUGUUUGGCAGCCAGCCCAGAACAGUCAAAAAUACUUUUUCAUAUGACACACAAUGCCCCUGUGGCAUUUAUUGCCCCAAGGUGUGGCAAUAGCCUCUAGCUUAACAUGUCUUUGAAAAAUGAUGACAAACACUCAUGGAAGAUGGUCUAUCAAUGGUUCAUUACUCCUGUUAUCUAAAUGGAUCCUUCAUGUUCAGUGGUAACUUGAAUACCAGAUGCUAAGGGAUGGGUAAACAGGAGGAAAAGGCCAUCAUGCGCUUGCCCUGCCUGUGAGGUUUCCAAAGGAUUCUGCCAACCACUGCUGGAAACAGAAAUUCCAACCAGGCAAUUUUUGUCUGUCUUCUAAAAUUCACUUUCUUGCUGUGCUUUCUAGAAAACUAGUCUUGCAAAGCGGGUUUAGCUAAGGUCGUCUUAAAGUGACUCAUAAAUCUGUUAGAAGUCUUACUAGGGGUUCUGGGUUUAUCUGAGAGCUCGUAUUCAGCAAGCAUUAUUUUAACCUCCGUUUUGAGCUAUGCUGCUGCUGCUCCCCCCUCUCCCCCAAACAAAAGGCAAGCCAGUUGAAGCUUAUGGGCUGGCUGUUUUUAAUGACACGUCCUUAAGAUAUUGUCUCAACCUUCUGGUUUAUUUCAAACUUGCUAAAUGUAUUCUCUGACUGAUGUCUGACUAAUUUUGCCUCCAUGAAGAGGAUGAGCUGUCCAUCCCAACAAGACAGCUGACUAAACCCCACCCCCUCCCAAAAACACUUCAUUGGGCUGCAGCUGUUGGGCUUUUGCUAGAUAUAGUCAAUAGCCAUUUUACUCAUAUCUCAGAGACUGAAGCGAGCUUUCUAAGGUCAUAGGGAGUCCUGGUCCUGCUGAAACAAGCAGCUGGCUGCCCCGCAGUAAGCCAGGAGGGGAAGGAAGCCGGGAAGAGCUGGCCAGGUCUCUUGGCAAGAGAACUUGGUAAUUCCGGAAGGAAGUUCCGUUCACCUUCCUUAUCCCCUUCCCACAAGGCAGCAAGCCAAAGCUUUGGAAAACAGUUCCUGCUUUCGUCUCCAUGGGUCUAAAAGGACACAGGACAAUCCUGACGGCCACAUGCCUUUCCUAACAUUUUUGUCCAAUUAAGAAUAGAUGCACACAGGUUUGAAUGAGAAAAUAAUACUGGCGGCAGGGUCAGUCUGAGAAAAGUAAGAUCAGAGCUGGAAAAGAGCUUCAUGCCACUUGGUCCACCUAACCCCUUCCUCCUAGGAGACGAGUUCAGCCUUGCACAUGAAAUCUAGACCUCAGUGAGAGGUCUAGAGAAAGCAGAUUAACCAUGGAAGGUAUACAGAAACACUUGGAUCUGUCUUAUACGGAGUCAGACCAUUGGUCAAAGUCAGUACUGUUUAUUCUGACUGGCAGUAGCUCUUCAGGAUCUCCGGCUGAGUUCUUUCACAUCACCUGCUACCUGAUCUUCUUAGCUGGAAAUGUUAAAUCUUGAACCUGGGACCUUCUGCAUCUAAAGCAGGUGGUCUACCACUGAGCCACAGCCCCACCCUCAAACUGGGCAAACGGAAAACCAGUUCACAACAUAAGGCAAAUUCACCUAUUUGUUUUUAUCAUGACAGGUUGGGAGCUGAGGAGUCAUGGGAUGGGGGAGGGAAUAAACCAUUUCCCCCUUGUUUUCCUCUCUUUAACUGAUACUCUGUUGCCCUCAACAUCCUGUGCCUCUUGGAGAGCAAAGAGCAUGCUCAGUCCUCAUCAGCUAGGCUGAGGGGAGGGGGUGUUCUUUGUGCUUUACAAAUGAAUGUCUUUCAGCAUACCUGGAGAAUCCCCCCAGACAUGUCAGAAACCUUGUGUGUCUGUGGCUUCAUUUUGCUGUGGCAUUUAGCCAUGGUGGUGUUCAAUUUGCAGAUUUGCAUUUAUAUACCGUAUUACAUUGUUUAUUGAAAUGUUCUUAAAAUUGACUGUAUUAACUCACACUGUGUAAUCCGCCUUUAGUCUCAGUGAGAAAAGUGGACUAUAA